AUGGCGGAGGAGAUGAGUGGCGCGCUCGCGCUCGAAAGCACAGAACACAUUCCGAUCGCACAGCUUAGCCCUGAGCUAUCCACACCUUCCACGAGGUCGAUAAAAGCGGUGGUUACAUUGACCUGGCCAUACAGCUCUGCGGCCAGCUCUGUGGCCUUUCUACUUGCUGAGCCAGAUUUCCGUUUGCGAUGCGCGAGAGGACAAGUUCGCGUUCGAUUUUCUGGAUCCAGUGCGAAGGCUGUUGCAAAGUGCGGGAUUCAAAGCGGAGAUGAAGUUACUGUGUGCCUAGACGGUGCGGAAUGGCUUCCGGAUAAUGAGACCGUAGCUGCGCCCGGAAGGGGCAUUGAGUGGGAGCUCAAGUUUACGGAGAGGCUGUUGCUUCAGUUUAAGCAGGACGGCGUUGACGAGAUCAAGAGAAUUGACAUCGACCAUCCUGCUCUAGUCGAAGAAGUUGCGAUUCCAGCUAGAAUUCCAAUUACAGAGCCCGCCGAGCCUGUGUCGCCCACCGACAAUGGCAUCGCCGCAAACAACUCUCUUAUGGGGAUAAUGGGCGGUGAUUUAUGGUCCUCUCCAGCGUUCUUGAAGCGUGCAAGAACAUCGUAUGGAUCAAUGUUUGAGUCAGAUUUUGAUCCAUUUGGAGAAGAGGAUGGCACAGUGCGAGGAAAGGGCAGAAAGAAAACUCGUUUGAGUACUACCAGUUGGAAAUAUACCAGUCGAUCCCCGUCCCCAGAAGCUGAUGAGCCGCAAGUCGAGGACAUAAAUACAGCUCCUGGAUCGGCGCCAAAACUACCCCCUAUGAUGGCAGAUGAAGGUUGCCAAACAGUCAACCUUGAUGGGAAUGAUGCUACGGAAGGCAUGGCCCAAACCAUGGCAGACCUCUCUCCACAGGCUACAAGUGUUGGAGGCGCGACUCAUGCAGUGCCCCCGUCCCCCGCGUUCUUGAACCAAGCUCAAAUGCAGGUUGACACUCCGUUUCUGGCAAGCCCCAACGAUUUGCCACAACUAAACGUUAUUCGAACGCAAUAUCCAAAUCAAGAAGCAGAAGAACCAAGUUUCGAGACUCCUAGCUCGCCCCGCCUGCAACCAGUGCACUCGGACUCUCUGCAACUUGUCUCACCUCUUGUAUCCUCUAAAUAUGGCCAACUUCAGCAUAACGAGCAACUUGAAGCAGAAGGGGAGCAACGACCCCCUAUUAUCGAGCCGGAAACCAGUGUGAUGAACAGCGCCCUCUCGGCCGAUGUGGAGCCAGUGGAAGAAGACAUCUAUGGUGCGAGUCCUGCCGGCCGUCGGGACCAGGACCAAGGACCUGAAUUUCCGAGCUUCAGAAACGCCGUCGACGACCAAAGCGGCGUUGGCAACGCAAGUGUGGACGGGCAACAGUAUGCCUCUGAAAAUCAGUAUGGUCAAUGGAAAAGUGGAGGAGUACUAUCAAGCCAUCCUGGGUCACGACCAAGUAAUGAACUCUUUACGGAAGAAGGCCGCUUCUGCGAGAACAUAGAAGGCUAUUCAACCCUUGAUGAAGGGCUGCUUGAGGCAAGUACAGAGAUGCCACUAUCCGAGUACCCUCCCCUCGGUGAAGGCUUGUCAGGGCAGGUCACAUCGGGCUGGGGUGCCAGUUCAGUCGCAUAUCCUGAUCUCCCUGAAUCUUCAGCAUAUCCCCUUCCGCCCCCUUUCCCUUCAGCUAUUUUGCGGCCUCAAAAUGGACCAGUCGCCCCAGCUAUCGAUUUCACGGAGAGAAAUGAUGAAGUUGCUACCGCCAUACCCUUGGAAAUUCUCGAAGAUGAGAUGGCCGCGUCUGCUGCAGAAGAAGAGAUAGGGGCAGAAGGACGGGAAGAAACUGUGAAUAUUCAGCAGCACGGUCGUGUUGGCAACCAGCAUGACUCUCCCAAGGAAGAUUACAGUCCUGAAAGCUUCGAGGGCUCACAACUUUCAGCUCAUGACGAAGGGGGAGGCUACGGGGGCGACACAGAAAUGGAAGAGCUCCAUGAAGAAGUUUAUCACGAAUCUGAAAACUGGUUCAGCCCCUCGCCUGACCCCCAAUCAGAUCUUGGUGAUCAGGAUUGCCAGGGAUCGUACAGCGAAGAAAGCGAGGAGGGGAGCUACGGCGAUGAAUCCGAGGAAGAGGAGCUGCAGCGACCACCUCCAGCUCGGCCUCAAAAGUUGCCUGAAGUGAUUGACCUACUCUCCUCUGAUGAUGAUGAAGAAACUCCGAAAAGCCCUGCAAUGUCGACCAGACGACACUCGCCUACAUCUCUGCCACAAACCUCAGCAGAUUAUCCUCUUGUAGAUGCCGAGAGUGAUGAGGAAGACGAUGAGCGAGGUGAGGCCAGAGAAUCUGAGGAAUAUGACUCGCUACCCUAUGCAAAGCGAUCAAUAAAUGGGGCCUCCGGCGAAAACGAGAUUGACGACGAUGGUAGUGAAGAUUCAGAGUCAGAUUUGCAACCUUAUGCAGAUGAGCAGGAUAGCAAUCUCGACGCGGCAGAGGUUCGGACUCCUGAAGCCGUUGAAGAGAUGAAUGUAGUGGAGGUUCAAAUCCCGGUGAAAUCAGUGGCCAAUGAAACUCCGAUGCCAACCAAAGUAGCUCGCGGAGGAUCUGACGGGGUCAAUAACGAACCACGAUUUGAAGCUUCGUAUAAUUCUCUAUCAGUCGCACAGCCGCCGCCGCAGCCAUCGAUCUUUCUAAGAAGACUUUCCCAGGACCAAGAUCACAAAACUUCAAGUGUUGAUCAUGGACAGCUCCCGACACCAGAGGAUACUCAAAUCUCAAAUAGUAUGAACUCCACGGAAGUAUCUUUCUCAUCUGCUAGUGAGCAUCGUCACAAAUCACGUGAGGUAUUGCAAGAUGAUGAGAUUGACAUGGACCAGACAGACGAAGUUACCAAUAAGGUCGAGGCGACAAAAUUGAAGUCGAUAUUUGUCGAACAGACGCAAAACGUUCUUGGCCCAGGCGUAAGCCAAGAGGAAUCUAUCGAAAUCGAAGAAGUUGUAACUAGUACGAUCAGAUUCGAGGAGCAGGACCAACUUGAAGAAGAUCCUGAAGGUGAGGUUGCGAACGAUGACGUGCAGCUUGUGCCUACCGAGUGGGAUGAGUCUGCCAAGAUCGUAGAAGCUAGUCAUACGAUAGAGAUGCAGGAAUCUCGCGAGGUCACUGAGGAUGAGAUCACGGAGACCGUUGUUAUCACAGAGACUAGAUCGGUGUUUAUUGAAGAACCCGAAGCUUCGGCAACACUUGGUGGUGGCUUGGUGUUAUACGACGGGGCUGCGGAUUCUAGUUCUGAGGAGGCCAGAGACGACGGAAGUGAUGCUGCGGAGGAGCAAGAAACUGCCAAUGACAGCUCCCGGCGAAGUACCAGAAGUGCAGACCCCCCGAUUCAAGUGGUAGCAAACACAGAAGAGAAUAUUCGUCCUGCAACCCCUAUCGAGACCACCAACACGACGGAAAACAUCAAUUCAGUCUCGCCCAGGAAGUCAACAACCAAGUCACCGGCAAGUACAAACGAGAACAUUUGCCCCGUGACGCCGGCAAGAUCUAGCGGAGCUCCACCAGCCAUUUCAGACACUGACGGGCUAUCACCGAUGGUCGUGAUCGAUGCCCAUGCAGCACCCAAAGGCCACGAUGCGAGCAUCGAAAUUGCGCUCGAAGCAGCCGACUCUCCGUCCUCACCACGUCACAAUGUUCGAAAGCCUCGUGCUGCAGCAUCUGAAGCAUCCGAUUCUUCCCUACCAAAGCACAACCUUCGGAACCGCCAGAACACAACAUCCGAGGCUGCCGAGAUAUCUCCGCUGAACAAGCACAAUCUUCGUACAUCUCAUGUUGCUUCCUCACCGCUGCAACACAAUCUCCGCAACCACACCGUUGCCGCUGAGUCACCCCCGGCGCCUCAGCACAACCUUCGAAACGCUCAUAUAGAUACUUCCGAGGUGGCAUCUUCCUCACCACCGCAGCAUAAUCCGCGAAAGACAGGAGCUGAGCUCAAGCUGAGGCUCACUCGAGCUUUGCGGACAGAAUUAAGCGAAUUUACGCCUUUGAAAGUGCUUCGAUACCAUCUUAAUAAGAAGCUUGAUGUCCUGGCUGUGGCUACAACGACUCCGCCAGAACCUCAAAGAGCGAAAGGUGGUCCACGACACUACCAAGUAACUUUCAAUGUGACCGACCCAUCAACUGCUCCAAGUGGUGUCACUGAAAUCCAGGUCUUUCGUCCAUAUAAGGAUGCUCUGCCUAUCAUCAAAGCAGGCGAUGGUAUCCUACUUCGGAAUUUUCAAGUGAUUGCGUUGUCGAGCCGCGGCUUUGCGUUGCGUUCACAUGAAGAAGCCAGUAGCUGGGCAGUUUUCAAGGGCGAUGACGAAGUUGAAGUCCGUGGACCUCCUGUGGAGUACGGAGACGGGGAGAAGAGGCAUUUCGAGCAGCUGAAGACAUGGUAUGAGAGUCUCGAUGAGACAGGAAUGGCGAAGAUUUCAAGAGCAAAUGGUGACAAGGCUGCCGGCUCUGCAGCAGGAAAGCAUUAG